UAUUUAAUUAUUUCACUAUUUACUUUAUCAUUUCAUGGUCCCUACACCAGCAGUGCAUCAUGAAAUCAUUUCAUCUGUCACUGCUGCUCGUCAAAGUUUCUAACAUCUGAUUGGUUACUCAGCAAAGCAAGUCAUGACAGAUCGAUCCCAGAUAAUGGAUUGAAGCAGUGAAUGCACUCCGAUACGUUAGGUGACAGUGUUCAUCCGUAUAUUCGUUUCGGUACGCUCUUCAUUUGUCGCCGAAAAAAUAGUUGCUGAUGAUACAAGUGAAGACGGAUCAAUCAGCUCACCAUUGGUGCAAAGUGUUAGUGCAGGAUGUCCAAAAGCUCUCCGGAGCACAGGUACAGCAGAUACCUGUCGCUACACCACGUACACCUGUUCAAGGUAGGUAAGGAUAGCCAGAUGUGCUUCUAAACGAAGCUAGCUAGUCGGCAGAAUGGUGUUAGCAUGUCAGCAGCCCUGAAGUUGGACUUUUAUCACUUCUUUCUUUUUAGUUGUUGUUUGCUUUCUUUAUUACAUUUAUCAGGACUUAAGGAUGUUUUAGCUGAGUGGCGAUCAUGGGAGCUGUAACAUUUUCUCUGUGUUGCAGCCGAAGUAGCAAGGCUGUUUGCUCCAUACAACAACAACAACAACAACAACAACAACAACAACAACAACAACAACAACAACAACAACAACAACAAGGCUGAUAAAGUUCCAAGCAUUCAGCUUAAAGCAGACCUUCUUGCUUCAGGACUUGGAGAACAAAGGUGAUCUUUUCAGGAAAUGACAACGAUCCCAUGGUUGUAACAAACAAACUGAUGGAGGUGUUUCCAAAGCUGCAAGAAGGGGGAGGCUUUGAGUUUCUAAAAAUUGCAGGAUCUACUCGCAGUCGAAAUCUUGGACUUCUUCAAUGUCCCAGCACAGGAUACACCCUUACCUAUCUAAAAGAUCCAUCUCCAACAAUUGGACAGGCUACAAUUGACAUACGCCCACUUCAACAGGACCUACCCAUUGAUUCAGUGUGGAAAUUUACACUGUCACCAUUUGAUACAUAGUUCAAAUAAAUUGCACUGUGGAGUUUUAAUCAAUACUUAACAGAUUUGUUGUUCUUAGGAAAGCUCGGGACAUGCCUCUGGUCCAGAAGGAGGUUCCCUUCUCUGAAAUGAAACUGCACCGAGCUAACUGGGAUGGCUAUGCACUUGUUAAAGAUAUAUAAGAAUUACAUAUUCAUUUUUCAAUAAGAAAUGUCUUUUUAGUUUUUGUGCACACAGAUGAGAGGAAAUGACUAUAACAUUUUCUGAACUUCAAGGACCCCCAUGCAGGAAACACAUAGAGAAGGAGAGGGAGACCGUGGUGAGGAGAAUGAUAGAGAGCCACCCACUGACAGGGACAGCGUUCCAGUGAGGCCUGAAACAUCUGUAGAGAGUGAAGUAGAACCAGUAGUGAUUGAAAGUGAGAAGAUUGAUCUUAAAGAACUUGACAAUGCUUUGUGUCAUCACAGUAGGAAUGCUAUAAUAUUGUGCAUGAUUAGAACUCAGUCAAUAGAAGAAUAACACCUUUUAACCAUAAUAAAUAACGACUAGAAGACAUGCCAUUAUCACUGCUGUUUUAUAGAACCUUAGAAACACUUCCUCAUACAGUUCACAGACUCCACAUCUAAGUGAAGCUUGGUUGACUUCAAACAGCAAAUAAGCAUCAUUCUGAUGAAAGUCAAGUAGAAAUGGACUUUCCUAGUAUCUAUUAAAAGGCUGUUGGAUUCUGUCACAUUUUUCAGGUGUUCCUCCUUUUCUGUUGAUUGGGAGUUUAUCUGCAUUUAACAUGCAAAGUAGUUACAUUUAUUUUUCUUCUUGUCUAGACUGGAAGAUUAUUAAAGAACCAACUCUGGCUGCCCAAGUUUUCAAAGAUAAUCUACUAAGUGAACAUGCAACCGGGAAGCCUCUUAAACUGAAAUGGAUGUAAGGGAGCGUGAGGAGGACAGGGAACGGGCACUUCUCUCAUUCUAUAAACAGCAACAGGAAUGGGCAUGUCCACUUCAUUGUACCCUUGAUGGAGGAGUGGGCCAAACUCUGCUAUUUGAAGGUGAGCCUGACCAUCUCGUUCCAGCUGCAUCAGAGGUGCUUAUUGAGAGCAACCUCUUCCGGGUUGCAGGAAGGAUGAUAGCCCACUCCUUUUUGCAUGAUGGCCCCCAUGUCACCGGAUUAAGUCCUGCUGUUAUUCAUGUACUGUUCAAUGGGGACCCUGAAAUGGCAACAAUUGUUGUCGAGGACUGUCCUGAUCUGCACAUCAGGAGUAUUAUAACAAUGCUUGAACUUGAAGAACUUACUCAGGAACAGAAGGACACAGUGUCAGAUCUUUCCCUGUCUUGGGAUCUCCCAGCAGUCACUAAAACGAAUCAGAGGUGGCUACAUAACAAACUUCUAGUACACGCGGUCAUCGGGAGGACCAUGCGCCAAAUUAAACAGUUGAGAAAGGGAUUGAAAGAUGUGAUGCUAUGGCCCCUGCUGACAUCAAGGCCAGAUGUUGUCCCACUUCUUUUUCUGAAAAUGGCAGGAAUGCAGUUUGUACCCCAGAUGUUCCUAGACAAAAUCACAUGGCCUGUGGAGGACAGUGAUGAUGAAGAACUUGACAUUGAGUGCAAGUGCCGCAUCACUGGUUUUCUACGGAUGUUCAUUGAAACAGCUUCAUCAGAUACUCUGGCUCAGUUGCUGAAGUUCUGGGUCGGCUGGGAAAUGCUCCCUCCAGAACUCAAAGUGGAGUUUUCCGGGGGAACCUUCCCAUCAUCCUCCACAUGCUUUGAAACACUGAAGCUGCCAGCUCAUUACAACACCUACAAAGACUUUGAGGAAGCACUUGUUGCUGCCAUAGACAGUGCACACACUGGAUUUGCUCUUGUUUAAGUAUUUUCAGGCAAUGAUGUUGCUGUGCUUUUAUUCAGUAGAAAAAGGUCAAUUUGAGUGAAGUGAGUUCAGUGUUUUUCUAACAUUUCAAAUACAGUGCAGUAUUUUCUUUCCCUGAAAAUGACACUGCUUUGUUGUUGCUCUUCUGUCAACUGUUUGAUACUUCAGUGUGCAUCACCUUGCUGUCCUUGCCUGUUGUCAUUGGCUACAUGAGGUUGUUGAAAUAUCUCUUGAUGCUAGAAAAAUUGGUUUUAUUUGCAUUAAAACAGCAUAUUAUUAUUUCAGAUUUUUAUUGACAAAUCAAGUUAACUAAUUCAUGAGUGACAUUUGCACAAUAAAUAAAAUAAAAGGCCUGCUUAA